AUGGCCGAAUCACCCCUAACCACCGUCCUUGUUACCGGAGCUGGUGGUCGUACAGGACAAAUUGUGUAUAAAAAAUUAAAAGAGAAGCGAGACAAAUAUAUUGCCAGAGGUCUAGUUAGAACAGAAGAAAGCAAACAGAAAAUUGGUGGUGCGGAUGAUAUUUUCAUUGGGGAUAUCAGAGAUGCUGAAAGUAUUGUGCCUGCAAUUCAAGGUAUCGAUGCUCUCAUAAUUCUCACUAGUGCAGUGCCACAAAUGAAACCUGGGUUUGAUCCAACCAAAGGUGGAAGACCUGAGUUUUAUUUUGAUGAUGGUGCAUUUCCUGAACAGGUUGACUGGAUUGGGCAGAAGAAUCAAAUAGAUGCUGCUAAGGCUGCAGGAGUGAAGCAUGUCGUGUUGGUCGGGUCUAUGGGUGGAACAAACCCUAACCAUCCUUUGAACAGUUUGGGAAAUGGAAAUAUAUUGGUUUGGAAAAGAAAAUCUGAACAAUAUCUGGCCGAUUCUGGUCUUCCAUACACGAUCAUAAGACCCGGUGGCUUGCUUGAUAAAGAUGGAGGUAUUCGGGAACUCAUUGUAGGGAAGGAUGAUGAACUUCUUCAGACCGAAACCAAAACUAUACCUAGAGCUGAUGUUGCAGAAGUCUGCGUUCAGUCACUAAAUUACGAGGAGACGAAAUUCAAGGCAUUCGACUUGGCAUCAAAACCUGAGGAUGCAGGGGAACCAACAAAGAACUUCAAGGCUUUAUUUUCACAGAUCACUUCUCGUUUCUGA